ACAGUGUUUGUCACUGUUUCAAACCCAUGGAUGCAGUUAGCCGGUGAUAUGUGCAAUCUAAAUCUUUAAGAUUUAGUUAAAAAUCUUUUUUAGUUAAAAAAGUUAGAAGAGUUAGUUGGAGUUAAUUGAGUAUCUGGCAACCUGAAGUGUCACUGAGGAAGCAGCGUCAAGCAGGAAGCAGCGCCCUUCGAGUUAACGCUAUUACAUUAAUUUCUUCUAAUCUCUAUGCUUUAAAAUUAUUUACCUCACGUUAUACAAAUAUAACUGACACUACUUUAGAUAAAACAAUCGUAAUGUUGCGCUGUCGCUAAAUUUGAUCUGUUUUUUACAAACAUCCGCGACUAGCUUACGACUAGCUUGUAGCCCGUAGCCCGCUAGCAUCACCUACCGCUAGCCUUGUUUACAUUUCACAUUUCUCAUUUACCGCUGUUCUGUUUAAAAAACAAAUAUGUCUGCUGUCUCUCCGGUUUUGAGUGCAGAUGAGGACUCACUCGAGCUUCACAUGGUGCGGCUGGAAUUGGAGGAUGUGGAGAAGCAGAUCCGCGGCCUACUCGACAAGCAGGCCCAGCUGCUGGAUCGACAAACUGUGCUGGAAACAUCUUGUGCCUCUGCCCACAUAUCCAAGGUAAGCACACAGCGUGGUAUUUCCACUCCCAGCCCCUCUACGCCGUGUGUUUCUCUGUGCAGGGACCGUGCACCUAGGACUUUCCCAGCCGUGGUCUCCGUCACGCCGGCGCCGACUCACCACGGGCCUUGGGUGAACCAGCGGCGGAAGGCGCGGGCUGGACCCUCUCCACCUCCGGUGUUCGAGAUUCCAACCAGGAACCGCUUCGCCCCUCUCCAUCAGACCAGACCCAACGCUGUGAUCGUCGGGGACUCCAUUGUGCAGAACGUCCGUGUAGCCUCAUCUAAAGGUAAGGUGCGCACACACUGUUUUUCUGGUGCUUGUGUCCUUGAUGUUGCUGCGCAGGUAUCCGGGAUCCUGAAGAAGGACGAGCGCAUUGGAGCGGUUGUGCUCCACGCGGGGACGAACGACACCAGGCUGCGGCAGACGGAGGUUCUGAAGAGGGACUUCUCCAGCCUGAUCGAGACGGUACGAGGCAUAUCACCCACCGCGAAGAUCAUCAUCUCUGGACUUCUUCCCACAUACAGACAUGGAGCAGAAAAGUUCAGUAGACUUCUAGCAUUAAAUGAUUGGUUAGUCUCUUGGUGUAAUGAGCAGAAUCUGGUGUUUGUCAAUAACUGGAAUCUGUUCUGGGAGUGUCCUAGGUUGUUUCGUCCUGAUGGCCUGUACCCCAGCAGCCUUGGAGCGGAACUGCUGUCUGACAACAUCUCCAAGGCGCUACACUCCAAGUGACUGCCUACCAGAUCCAGAUCCUUUCUGCCUCUGGAUGGAGCUCAAAUCUUCUCUAAUUCCAGACUGCUGGGACUACGGCUGCUCCUAAGGCCAUACAGACUUCAUAUAAAUCCAUAAUGAACUUUUUCACACUAACUGUUGUUACCCAGAUGAGGAUGGGUUCCCUUCUGAGUCGGGUUCCUCUCAAGGUUUCUUCCUCUUAAAACAUCUUAGGGAGUUUUUCCUUGCCACCGUCACCACUCAGUGGCUUGCUCAGUUGGGAUAAAUUCACACCUUUAAUAUCUGUAUACCGUGUUGAUAUUUCUGUAAAGCUGCUUUGAGACAAUGUCUAUUGUAAAAAGUGCUAUACAAAUAGAAUUGAAUUGAAUAAGAUGAAAGAUAUUUCCAGGAUGUUCCAACCAUGAGUCUAGAACAGUAGUGGAAGAGCAGUACUGGAAGCAGUUUGAUUGCUGAAUGCUAUGUAGUGUGGGCAGAAUCAAUGACAGAUAUGGGAACAUGUACAGUAGGCUGGUAGCUUCCUCCUGGGCCACUGUUCAGCUCCAGUAGGGAGAGCCAUACUCAGCAUUGGCAAACAGGCUUGUUGGGUGAAUUUCCCAGAUCUGCUGCAUCAUCCCAGGGCAAAAAUGCCACUCUCCUUGGCAUAUGAGCUUUUUUGACAGUGAGAACUCUACACCCUUGCACUGAACUGGUGGCUAAGGCACUCUGUAUGAGGCUAACUGCUGCUGAGCACACUUGUGGAGGUAUGAGGGAUGGAGAAUGUUGUUUUAAAAAUGUUUUUUAAAAAUGUAUUUUAUGUCACAGAAAAAGGUAAGAAGAACUUGAGGGCCAGCUGGGCAGAUCUAAAUUCUAACAGGCUGAUGUGCCCUUUGUCCUCUCCUUACUGACAGGAUUGCUUGCAGAGAAUGUGAAACUCCUGCCCUUCUCAUUGGAAUACAGAUAUGUUUCGGUCUGUGGUAUUUGCGGUUAGCUGCAGGUUGAACCUACUUCCAAGAUCUACAUGACAGCACUCCAUAUUAAUGCUCAUGGUUCUGGAAUGGGAUGUCAAACAAGC